AUAAGCGAUUUCAACUGUUUCUCACUCGAAAGAUACUCGCCUCUUAUCGUUAUCAACAUUUUUUCGGCCGAGUUAUCGCAAUCUUUUUCAAUUGGCCGAUUGCAACGCUCGUGGAGAAAAAAGUCGCACGUUUGCAUAGAAACUGCAUACUCGUGAUCGUGUCAGAGCGCAGCUCUCGUGAACGCGUUAUUUGGGGACGGUCAGGGACGGGGAUUUCUCACUUGUGUCGUCUGCUCUCUUCAUUUAUAUUUGUGUAUUACUGUCUAGCAGCGCGCCGAGUACAUAUCGUUAUGCUCGAUAGCGGUUGAAGGAGCGAGGAUGUUGCUGUACACGCUAAUCGGCGGCUACAUGCUCACUUCGGUGAUACUGUUCAAAUAUCCUACUUUGUUGCAUAAAAAGAAGAAAGUGAAAUUUCUGUGCCAGCACAUCAGCCAUCGGGGUGGAGCAGGCGAGAGCUAUGAAAACACAAUGUGCGCAUUUAAACGAGCGGUGGCUAUUGGAACUCAAAUGUUGGAAUUGGAUUGUCAUCUUACCAAGGAUGGAGAAGUAGUGGUGUCUCACGAUCAGAAUCUCUUGCGUAGCACUGGUGUGGAUAAAAAUAUUUCCGAAUUGAAUUACAAAGAUUUGCCACUCUUAAAGCAACGUUUGCCAAUUGACUUUGAUCCAGAUGUGGAGUAUGUCGGUUCUCCAAGAGAAGAAGAUCGGCAAUUUGCGCUAUUACAAGAGGUCUUUGAAACAUUUCCCGAUAUUCCUAUUAAUAUUGAUAUUAAAAUCAAUGAUGAUCGACUUAUAUCAAAAGUUUCUGAUCUUAUUAAACAAUACAAUAGAGAAGAAUACACAGUUUGGGGAAAUUUUAGCGAUGAGGUCACACAGAAAUGUUAUAAAAUGAAUCCAAACGUUAACUUGUUAUUUUCAAUGCAACGUGUGACAAUGUUAAUAUUUCUUAUGUAUACUGGUUUAUUGCCGUUUAUACCAUUAAAGGAAACGCAUCUUGAAAUUUUCUUACCUUCAAUCUAUUUACGACGCAAAGGUGGCCCAAGCUCAACAUUUUUACCACUGGAAAAAUUGGUAGUGCGUACAAUUAAUGUGUUAUUAAUGAGACCAUGCUUAUUUAAUCAUUUAAGAGCACGGGGCAUACAUGUUUACUUUUGGGUUUUAAACAAAGAUGAAGAGUUUAAAAAAGCAUUCGAGUUGGGAGCGACCGGUGUAAUGACGGAUUAUCCAACAAGAUUGAAAUUAUUUUUAAAGAAUCAUAAAAUGGAGUGAAGUAUGGAACACAAUUUUAAAGAGUGCACAUCAGAUAUCAUGAACUAAUUGAAAAAAUUUGCGGAAUUAUUCACAUCUGAAAAGAGAUAUCUGCCAUAAUAAGCCAGAAGAUAUAUAAGCUGUACAGGAAAACAAAGUAGUAUAUUUUUUAUAAGGAAAGCAGAACUACUUGUUUACGUUCUGUGCAUAAAUGCCAACUUAAAAAAGAUUUGCCGUAAUUGCGACUUGUACAAAUCAAUUUGUUAGCAAAAUUGAACAUACAAUGUACUGCACAUUGUAGUUUACUACAUCACCAUUAAUCAUGCAGGCAUCCAUUCAUGGAAUAAGAUUGAUGUUUUAGCUCCGCGGUCUUUUCAAUUUUUUAUUUUAGUUUUUUUACUUUAAUAAGAUAUAUAUAUGUAUAUAUAUCUAAUGAGGCUUAUUAUUUUAUGUGAUGACUAGUUUGGAAGUAUAAAAUAACAUCAGUAUAAAUAAUUAUUUUGCACAUAGUGCAACACGUAGUUUAUCUAAUAAUACUUUGGCAAUUAGUAAUUUAAUCUGACAAAGUGAUUUUUAUACAGUAUACAGCAGAAUUAUAAUACGCACUUUGUUAUCUAAUUUGUUACUGGAAUCUAUCCACGGUCUCAGACUCCAUGUAUUGGAAUCUACUCGUUUGUGGGAUAAGCAUGCUUUUGUCUCCUCAUAAACCAAAGAACUGAUAUUUUCUACAUGUAGUCUACGUUCCUUCCCAAAACUUUUUAUUUAUGAUAUAUUUUUUCAUACUCAGAUUUAUUGUGAGGAAACAAUUCGCACGUCCUAAUAAAGUCUGCAUGCAUAUCCCAAUUUUUGGUACAAAAAAAAAAAUACCUAUUGAUUACUAUAUCUCUCUGGGGCCAGUAUUAGCUUAGCCCAGUAUUCAAAGGCUUCAAAUAACAUAUAGUCUGAUCUAUGGUGCAUUUGUUAAAUAAUUUUGAACAUUUUCAUAGAUUCAUGAAGAGUACAUUUUAUGUGAAAAAGAGUAAAAUCGAGCUAUGCAGAUCGUGAUAUGUCUUUAGUAUACAUAUAUGAGUGUGAUAUAAGAAAUUCCCUUUUCGUGAAAUGAAUGUGAUAAAAGUAGUAUCAGUAUCAUAAUAUUAACAAACUAAAAUUGAAAGCUAUAUAUAUGACUAAUCAUAACAUGUAAAAAUAUAAAUUUAUAUACACUUGCAAAUAUUGUAUUGAUGAGUAUGAUAUUUGCACUGUAUCUAUAUGAUAGUUAUGGCAUGAUACCAGUAUUAACUUUGUGUAAGUUAAUAUGUUGGAUAUACUUCAAGAUUUAUUGUUCUUUAAUGUUGUGAACACGUCUUUGAAAUAUGUCAUACAUAUUAAAUUAUAUCAUGUAUUUGCAUACAGGGCAUUUUACAGCUAAUAUAACUUGUAUAAUUGUCUAUAUGGAUAUCUAUAUGUUAAAUGUACUUUUCUAAUCUUUUAAACAUAGAAGCGGUACACUGAACGAUUAAACAAACAUUAUGUUAACAUAUUUAACUGCAGCUUGCACAUUU